AUUGGUCCGCCUCUGAGCGUAUUUCCCUGCUUUCCUCAAUUGAACACAGUCAUGUUUAAACGUCCUGCUGAACAUGCUUACUUUUAUGACGUGUGUGCUAUCAGCGGCUUUAAAUGUUGAUUUGGGGAAGCUUAAGUGCGCCUUCUAAGGACUCAUUUAGCUCAAAGUGGCCGACAAGUUGCUUCAGUUGAGACCAGAAAGUGGUCAACCAUGACUCGGAUAUUCUGGGAUGCGAUUUUCCUUAUCAGCGGUACUUUUAGUAUGUCUGUGGUACUAAAUGGGUCACUGUUUACAAUAGGAGCAGGACAAAGCAACUCCACAGGUCUGGAAGGCAAUAUCGCUAUCGGUGCUGACGCCGCCGCCGCUGCUCUUAACGCCUCGGCAAGCCGCCGUGCAGCCGUCUCCACUGUUACCAGUUGGAACUUUUCAUUCGGACCAAAGCGAAGCGGCGUUUCAGACGCCACUAUCUCCAUCCCGUCUACGCCCACAAUGAUGGCUACACGGGGUUUGGCCAGCGGCUCAUCAACACCUGAUGGCGCGACGACAACUUCUAACACCCCGCCUGUGAAAAAGUUCGUGGCAGCGGCUGUCCGCUCUCACUUUGACGACUGCCCUGACUCCCAUCGCCACUUCUGUUUCCACGGGACCUGCCGCUUCCUGAUAUUGGAGGAGACGCCAGCGUGUAUAUGCCAUCCCGGCUUCGUUGGGAUGAGGUGCGAGCACGCAGACCUGCUGGCUGUCGUCGCCACCAACCACCACCAGCAGACCGUAGCCACAGUGCUGGUGUUGUGUGUGAUCGGCUGCGUCCUCAUCAUUGUCUUGUGCACGCUGCUAAAUUGCUGGUGGAGGCAGGAAUGCCGCAAGAGGCGACGCCCUCACCACUUCAUCCCUGAAGAAAAAUCCGUUUACAUCCUGAAGCAUGGAGCGCCAUGUUACCCUUCCGAGAGCGUGGUGUGAAAAGACAGCAUUGUGGAGCGUCCUCCAGUCGGGCCCAAAAGCGUCCUAAAGCAAAGAAGCAACAUCUUCCGUGGGACUGACGCAGGAAUUGAAUGAAAUAAGGUAGGACGUCACUUCCACUUUCACUUUCCACUGACUUUGUGCAAAGCGGCAACGUGGGAAUCCCCUCUAUCCUAGCGUGGAAAUAAACACUGAACUGUGAGGACACAAGUCGUCUUCUACAAGGACAUCCUCUGCGGAUUUAAAAAAAAAAAAAAAGGAGAGACUUCAUGACAUAACCCCCCCCGCCACCCCCGACUCCCCAAUUCCUAUUUAUGUCUUUUAUUAACUUGGCACACUUUCCUAAGCACAGAAGAUGCUGAAGUUUUAGUGUCUGUUUUUAAACACAAUUCACCUGACAGAAGUGGGAAUUGAUGGACUUGAAUGGAAGAAGAUCCCUGGACAUUUCUUUUCCAACGUCACGUAUCCUGUAAUGAUGAGAGUAAAAAUGUCAGUUUUAGUUUUGGAAUGUUCGUCAAGAGGUUUUAUUAGAUGGACGAGCGAGAGCCGGAAAAAAGGAACACACCACUCGUGUACACCGGGUGCUCAUUCUCCGCUACGUUUGCUUCAAUGGCACUUUUCUGCAAGCUUGCUAAAUGCUUCCUUAAACUACACUUUUGGUAUCUUAAAAUCACAGCUUUUAUAUUUUGGUGCACUUAUUGAAUUGGAUUCCAUGAGUGGUGUGUUUUGGCAUUGCCUCUAUUUUUGGAUUUGAUACUUAAAAAAAAAAACGAGACAAAGAAAUGCUCAUCCCAAAUCGGCGAAAGGAUUCUAAAAAUAAUGUUGAACUGACAUUUAGACGUGGCAGCUUCUACCAUUUCAAAGUGAAUGUGAUGGUAUACCGACGCCAAAGGAGAAGCAGAGGACGAUACGCUCCUUUCUGUUUUCCGUGUCUCCAUGUUUGCAGAGUGUUCCUCGUGUUGUCUCCUAUUACAGCACUGAUGUGUGAGAACGCAAGCGCACACCAUGUUGUGUAUUUACACGCAUUUCCAAUACAAAAGAAGGUCUAGCUGUUGCAUAACCCUUCACUUGGACCAACUCUUUGUUGCUCUUUCUUUUCCAAUGAACAAUUAAAUUUGCAAAAGUC